CGGGUUCCGUGGUGCUACUGAACCGUCUUCCGUCUGUCCCUCUCUCCUUCGCUCCUUCCAUCGUCCCAUAAACCCUAGAAUUCCAGUAUGUGUUAGGGGUUAAUGAUUGAUCCAAGAUUCUCCUAGUGAUGAUGAAGCACGACUCCAAUCCAACUACCGCCAACAACCACCCUACAUUAGCCACCGUCUGCGGCCACUGCGGCGUCGAAGAGCGGAAGCUUCUCCACCACGUCUGUAUCCGAAGUAACUUCCGACGCCUCUGCACCACUUGCGUCCUCCGCCUUCACGCUCCAUUCUUCUGUCCCGCUUGUCUUGGCGUCUACGACCGUUCGCCGCCCGAUGACGCCGUCGUUUGCUACAAAUGCUACUCUUCCUCUCACCCUAACUGCAUCUCCUCUACAGCUGCGGCCUCAAUCCAAUCUUCGCGUGGUCCGUCGCCUUGCUCGUCUUGCUUAAACCCUAACGCUCUUGUUUUAAAUCUUAAUAGAGUAGAAAACGGGAGUAGGAGUGGUGGUAGGGCGAUUGAUAAAAAUGCGGCGAGGUUGCUACUUGCUGCAGGGAAGAUAGCGGCGAUGUCGAUGAGUAAGGCUGAGGUAGCGACAGCGGCAGAAGCGGAGAAGAGAUCAAAGGAGGCAUCGUAUACGAAGAAAAGAGCAAGGGAGGCACUCGAUCAUGUUGUGUAUCUAAUGGGAAAGGAAAAGAGAAUUGCUGUUGAUAGCAAUAAGAAAGUUAGUAACGCGAACAACGGUGUUGUGGCCAUGCCUGUGGUUGUGAACAACAAGGUUGAUACUUCGAAUGAGGUUUUGGAAGCUUUGAAUGCAGUGGAGUUGAAAGAGAGGGUUAAAAGUGUUGUGUCUGAAGCACAGGGUAAUGGGGUUGCGGUAAUGCAGGUAGAUGUUGUUAAUGGUAAAGAUUCAGGAGUCAAUUCUGUCGCUGAAAAUGGAUCUGGAAAGACUGAUAACUUGGGGAAGGCUGCUCAAGGAGAAAAAAUAAGCAAUGGUUUAGUUUCGUCAGUCGGCCAGGAACAGGCUCAGGAAAAGAUUAAUUCUAUGGAGGAAAAUAGUGUCAGCAACCUUAAGCAUUGAAGAGCAACAUUGAAGCUGGUGGUUUCUAUGUAGGAUGCAAAUUACCUGAUGGUUGGUGGGAUUGGGUUAUGAUCUAUGGCAAGAAAUGAAUAGCUUAUGAAUUAGAUGACUCAUUUUGGUAAAAGAGCAUUCUUCCUAAAAGUUUCUAUAUCCUGAUUAUAAAUUGUGAGAAAAGGUGCUAUUGUAUGAUGGGUGCUAGUUUUCUUUCUGAUAAGUUUAAUGCUUUCAAUCUACUUGUACAUUUGGUAUCACUGCGUUCAGUUCCUUCUUUUAC